UGCUCUGAAAGGCAGAGGCUGGGCAGGCUGCUGCCGAGCUGCUCCCACAACUGGGGUCUAAGGAGGCCAGCCCCUAAGAUCCACCCUGCCAAGGCGGCCAUGAGGCCCUCUUGGGGGAAUGGGGCUGUCUGCUGCUUCGGGUUGCUUCUCUGGGCAUCACAACUGGUACCAGUGAAAACCAAGUACAGCCUUGGCUUUUGGCCACUCCAACUCUCGAGGGCAGCAGGAGAAAACGCCACUUUUGUCUGCAGCGUCUCCCACAAAUUACCAUUUCUCAUCUUAAACUGGUACAGAGAAAAGAAUGGCAGCCAGCCUGUGAAGUUAGCUGCCUACCCCAAAGACACGCCCAGCUCUCACCUGCAGGACAGGUAUCACAUAGCCGUGCUGGAUGACAACCAGACCUACGAGAUGACUAUUUUGGGGCUACAGCUAGAUGACAGUGGGAGAUACUUCUGUGGAAUUAUCAAUCUUGAAAUGACUUUUGAAAUGCCACCAGUAGAAGAGAGUGAUCGGUCAGAGCUCAAUGUGACAGAGAGAAUCGUGGUUUCAACAACGACUCCUCCCUUCACCACCCCAGUGCAUCCAGAAAAAUUCCCGUGGAUCAUUGUGGUGGUCUCUGUCAUCGUGGGUGCUGUACUGGUCCUGCUGCUGCUCUUUUGUAUUCUGUUUGUGGUAGAAUUCCGAGAUCGAGGAGGGGCUGGUAACUCUGAGAGUGACAAGGACUCUCUGUCCUUGAAGAAGGCUGAGCCAUCUGUAGCCUCCGUAUCCACUGUGGUCUACGGCCAACUGGAUUUCCAGAAGACUGAGGUGCCCAAACAAGGCGGGGCCGAUUCGGGUGAGCAGACGGAGUACGCCACCAUCAUCUUCCCGGCAGAGAAGCCUGCAUUCUACGGCAGCUCUCCCCAUAGGAAGUAAGGUGCCACAGCCACAAGAGGACGCUUGCAGACUCUCAGAGCCCCUGGAUGGGACGUCUUUCGGACUCUUGGAGGACUUUCUUCUGAGCGCAGGCUGGUGGGCUGUCCCUGACGAGUGGGAACUCCAUCCCUUCCCUCCUCCCCAUCUGCCGCUGCACCUGGGAAGGGCCAGCGCUGAGAGAGAGGCAGUGGCUCCUCACCCCUGUCCAGGGGUCCCAGGAGAACCUAGGGGAUGGUGGGAUUGUUUGCUUUGCAGUCUGCCUGGCAUUCGCCUUGGGGGCUAGGAGUGAGGGUGGAAAGGAAGGGCUGUUGAGGGCCAUGCACAGGGGGCUGUAUUUGAUCCUAGUGACCGUAGGAACCAAGAGGAUGUGUUCUCUUGGACUUGACGAUCCCAAUGCUGGUGCUCCCAGUGAGCUAAGAAAGCACACAUUGAAAUCUGUCCUUCCCUAGGAGUUAUGCAAGAUGGGCCUCAUUCCUCUCAUUAGGUGGAUGAGAACGCUGAGGCUCAGAGAGGCCCCCAGGAGGCCCAGCUAGUAGCUACGAGAGCUGGACUGGGCUCCUGAGCUGUCCCAGGCUAUUCCCUGCAUCCCACCAAACUGCCCUUCCUGGGGAAAUGGAUCUUGGUUGGGGGUGGGGGGAGAUUACUGGUCAUUCAUAGAAUGUACAGCUAGAAGGGGCCUUUGAGAUCCAGCCCCUCAUUUUAUAGAAAACAGGCCAAGAGAAGGGAAGGGGCACCCCUAAGACCACUGCACGAACAGAGGAUGUCCCCCUUGCUGCUGUGGACCAGCAUCUUCUCUGAAACUUAGGAGCUGCCAAUAUAAGAUUCAAUCAUUUGUCCAGGGGCACACAGUCAUUGGGUAUCAGAGGCAGCGCUUGAACUCAGGCCUCAUCUGGGGCUCUGUCCAUGGGGUGAGAUGGGAAGGCUCGUUCAGGAGGAUAGCGGAUUAAUGGGGCCGGAUCGAAUCCUCAUAGUUAGGGCAGGAUGAUAGAGCUUCUCCUGGGUGAAUGGAUGGGCUGGGGGCAGAGCAAGGAAGGAGAGGGAGGAGCAUGACCUGGGGCACACUCAGCACUACAGAGAAGCAAGGAGGUGUCGGCAAGUUAGACACCCUUCCCCCCAAAUUGGCCCAACGUGGGCAUUUUUAAUGAGAGGUAAUGCAAACUUUGUGGGCACAGGCUGCUAACCGUGAAAGUGAAAACCUUAGAGGUUCUGAAGGGGUUGGGGAGGCAGGGCCUGAUCAGAGCUGGGCUCUUGUCCUCACCUGUCUGGGGCUGCUCUAGCCUGCGUCAGGAACCUAGAGGAGAUAGAAGAGGGAAUGGAGCCUCCUCCCCUACCCCACCCCACCCUGGAUUCUGACCCACUCCACUCCACAGCCCUUUGCUAGCCUUGGUCCCCAGAUUCACCUUUCUCCCAGCCCUCCCAAGCCCCAGGACAUCAAUUGGGCUCCCGCAGCCCGGAGCUCUGCCAGCUCCUCAAAGCCAAGGAUGAGGUUCUUGCAGGAUCCUCAUACUCCCACAUACCAGUCCCCAGGAUGGUUCCUGGGCUGUGUCCAGUGGCUUUCUGGGCUAGUCUCAGCCUGGUUAACAGCAAUAGAACUGAGGCUGGUCUAACUUUUUCCUUUAAAGAUUACUCUUCAUCUUUUUAAUCAGCACGGUCAUCCCAGAUCUGGGAGCCACUUACUUCUUCUUGAAUCAGUGUCUACUGUGAUUUGGCUUCUUAAAGUUAUUCUUAUUCUUAUUAUUUAUUUUAACAAGAGGUAUUGGUGAGCCCUGCAGCCCUGGGCUCUUACUGGACACUACCCCUAUCUCUGAUGGUGCUGCCCUGAGGGCAGUCUGCUGGCAUUGCUAAAUCUUGUAUUUAAGAUGGUCUUUGACAGAUGAACUAGAAUUCUUUGGUGAUUUUGCAUAUUUGCACUUGAUAUUGGCCAGUGAAGACCGUGGGGAGGGGCUGAGGUGAAUCUAGCCUGGAGCUGCUCCAAUGGGCUUUGGGGAUGGCAAGAGAGAGAACUGGGCGGAGAACAGAAACCACGCCACAUGCCGAUAUGAUAUCCCCUAAU